AUGUGGGGUUCAGUAAAUGAGAAUCAGAGGCCGUCAAAUUCAUACAACGGAGACCUGAAUGGGCUGCUGGUGCCCGAUCCCAUUGUGGCUGGAGAUGGACCUGCUUUGGCCAAGCCAGUGCAUCGCAGCAUUUCCCUGGGAGUCCUGCAGGAGAAGCAAGUCAUCUGCCUUUCUGGUGAUGACAGCUCCACUUGCAUAGUGAUAUCGGCAAAAGAUGUGGAGAUAGUGGCCAGCAGUGAUUCCAGUAUCACCAGUAAGGCCAGAGGGAGUAACAAGGUGAAAAUACAGCCUGUUGCUAGAUAUGACUGGGAGCAGAAAUACUACUAUGGUAAUCUGAUAGCGGUCUCAAACUCUUACCUGGCUUAUGCCAUUAGAGCUGCCAGUAAUGGCUCCGCCAUGGUGAGGGUGCUGAGCGUGAGCACCGCUGAGCGCACCCUGCUGAAAGGAUUCACUGGUGCUGUGGCAGACCUGGCUUUUGCCCAUCUCAACUCCAACCAGCUGGCAUGCCUGGAUGAGGCUGGCAACCUUUUUGUUUGGCGCUUGGCCAUGGAUAAAGAGAAAAUUCAAGAGGAGAUCUUGGUAAAUAUCAAACGUCCUGACAAUACCCCAUUGAAUACCUCUCGAAGAAUCAUCUGGUGUCCUUUCAUCCCAGAUGAUAAUGAAGAGAAUGGUGAAGAGGGAAGUCAAACGUUGGCCUUAUUGCAUGAGGACAGGGCAGAGGUAUGGGAUUUGGACAUUAUUCGAACAAACAACAGCUCCUGGCCAGUGGAAGUGCCUAGCAUCAAAGAAGGCUUCAUUGUAGUGAAAGGUCACAGCACGUGCCUGAGUGAAGGAGCCCUUUCUCCAGAUGGAACUGUUUUGGCCACAGCAAGCCAUGAUGGUUUUGUCAAGUUCUGGCAGAUCUACAUUGAGGGGCAAGAUGAGCCAAGGUGUCUUCAUGAGUGGAAACCCCAUGAUGGUAGGCCUCUCUCCUGCCUGCUCUUCUGUGACAACCAUAAAAAGCAAGACCCAGAGGUUCCCUUCUGGAGAUUUCUUAUCACAGGAGCAGAUCAGAAUAGAGAGCUGAAGAUGUGGUGCACUGUGUCUUGGACCUGUCUUCAGACUGUCCGCUUUUCUCCAGACAUCUUCAGCUCUAUGAGUAUUCUUCCCAGCUUGAAAGUCUGCCUCGACCUCUCCGCCGAAUAUCUCAUACUGAGUGAUGUACAAAGAAAAGUCCUGUAUGUGAUGGAGCUGCUGCAGAACCAAGAAGAGGGCAAAGCUUACUUUAGCUCCAUCUCCGAGUUCCUCCUUACCCAUCCCGUCCUAAGCUUUGGCAUCCAGGCAGUGAGCCGCUGCCGCUUAAGGCAUACUGAAGUGCUCCCAGCAGAAGAGGAAAAUGACAACUUGAGUGUGGAAGGUGCUCAGGGAGCUGGAGCCGUUGAGUCGGCAGCUGGGGUACUUAUAAAACUCUUCUGUGUGCACACCAAGGCCCUACAGGAUGUGCAGAUCAGAUUCCAGCCUCUCCAUAGUCCCGAUGUAGCUGCAUCCCUACCUUCCCAUGGCUCUCAUGAAGAGUUUGCUUUUCCAGACCAUAUGGCUGAUCUAAGCACAGAAGGGCUGGGAUCUGACAAGGGAUCUGUGCACGGCUCUCAACCGGACUUGCGGCGUAUUGCUGAUCUCCCUGUACCAGCAGAUUUUCUUUCUCUCUCAAAUGAUGCCAAGCCUAAGUUGAUGACUCCAGAUGCAUUCAUGACGCCAAGUACAUCUCUUCAGCAGAUCGCUGUAUCUCCAGGCAGUAGCGUCAGUUCCCUGACUGCAGUCACAGCCAUGAGUAGCGCUUCUGUUACUGACACCUCUAUGGCCAGGACGUCAGAGGACUUGACAGUGAGCCCUAAGAUGCAGCUGGACACCAGCCUAACGCUGAGUAGCAGUAGCAGCAGUCUUCAAACUAGUCCUAGGAGCCAUUCUGUUCUUAUCCCUGGCCUCACUGACAAGCUAACGCCAAAGGCUCCUGUUCCAGUCGCACCAGGAACUGCUCUGGAACUGCAGGAAGUGGAGCCCUUGGUGGUGCCUCAGGCUUCUCCCACCCGUGAACGUUCGCCAGAUGUCAUUUCCUCUGCUUCCACAGCCAUGUCCCAAGACAUCCCCGAGAUUGCUUCGGAGACCUUGCAGCGCAGCUUUGCCGCGGCUGCCCCGGCCCCCGCUGCAGAGGCGCUGGAGCCCGGCCACCCCGCAGACAGCAUGGGCUCCGCCGCCUAUCACAGCCACCACUCUUUGGACAUGCCUCAAAUGGAAGUGGACAGACUAAAUGCUCCAUCUUUGCUGGAGACUGCUUUAACUCAGGAAAAUGCAUCCUCUGACAGUGUUGUAAGUCAGCCAUGGCCAGCGGCUCCUGACAUAACAAGAGAAACUAGGAACAGCAUGGCAGACAGCCCAAGGGAUGAGGUUGAAGAAAAGCAUAAGAGCUCUUCCUAUCACCGACACAGCUACCACCUGCUGCAGCAUGACAGCCAGGAUGCUAGUGCAGAACAAAGUGACCAUGAUGAUGAAGUUGCAAGUUUGGCUUCUGCGUCAGGUGGAUUUGGUGCCAAAGCGUCUACGCAGCGGCUGCCUGUGAAGGACUGGAAAGCCAAGGCAUCCCCGCGGGCUUCCCCAAAACUAAAACGGAAGGGCAAGAAAGAUGACGGGGAUCUGAACCAGUCACCUAGAUCAUCUAACAACCAGGUGACACCCGAGUUCCAGGAUGAGCUGAUGUGCAUAUUGAGGAACCAGCAGCGGGAGCUCUGUGAGCUGCGUCAGAACCAGAUGGAGCUGUUGCAGAGACUCACAGAUCACCUGGAUGCCAUUCAGAGCUCCCUCAUGGGUCACGUGGAGAGGGUGAUUGACUCCCAGCAGGAACAGGAGCAGAGGAGACUAGACAGAGCACUAACAGAAGGGCAGCAGCGCAAUGGACAACUCCAGGAGCAUCUUUCUCAGCAGCUCUCUCAGUCACUCUCCACCGCAGUGUGUAACCGUCUGGAGAGAACCAUUCGUGAGGAGAUGAAGAAGACUGUACCCCAGUGCAUUUCCAAGAGCAUGGAACCUAUUGCUGGCCCGAUAAGUAACACUAUUGCCACGAAGCUCACUGCCAUUGAGGGCACGCUGAAGGAGAACAUCACCAAGCUAGUGAAAUCGAAGAACCUUACAGAUACCGUUGUGAAGGCAACGGCUGAUACGCUGCAAGGACCGAUCCAGUCAGCGUACAGGGAAGCAUUCCAGAGUGUUGUGUUGCCAGCCUUUGAGAAGAGCUGCCAGUCCAUGUUCCAGCAAAUCAAUGAAACCUUCAAGCAGGGCACACAGGAAUAUAUCCAGCAGCUUGAGACUCACAUGAAGAACAAGAAAGCACGAGAACAGGAAGCCCGGGACCCGCUGGUGAACCAGCUUCGCCAGCUCAUCAGCACGGAGCAGCUGGCUUCCUCCUUUGCAGCCAGUGUCCAUGCCGAGGUGCAGCGUCAGCUGCAUGUUAUUGUGGGCAACAUGCAGGAGUCUAUUUUGGCCCAGGUGCAGAGAGUCAUUAAGGGAGAAGUGAGCCUGGCCAUGAAAGAGCAGCAGGCAGCUGUCACCUCGAGCAUCGUCCAGGCGAUGCGCUCUGCAGCAGGGACUCCAAUCCCUUCUACUCAUCUGGACUUCCAGUCUCAGCAAACACACAUCCUUCAGCUGCUGCAGCAGGGCCACCUCAAUCAAGCUUUCCAGCAGGCUCUAACAGCAGCUGAUCUCAAUCUGGUCCUGUAUGUCUGUGAGACUGUGGAUCCUCAGCAAGUGUUUGGUCAGCAACCAUGUCCACUGUCCCAGCCUGUGCUCCUGUCUCUCAUCCAGCAGCUCUCCUCAGACUUGGGUACUCGUACAGAACUGAAACUGAAUUACUUGGAAGAAGCAGUGAUGCACCUGGACCAAAGUGACCCCAUAACCCGAGACCACAUGGGCUCUGUCAUGAACCAGGUGCGGCAGAAGCUCUUCCAGUUCCUGCAAGUGGAACCCCACAACACACUGAGCAAACCUGCCCGUCGCCUCAUGAUUAUGCUUCAGGGUCUGGUCACCCCUGGCAUGACCUAGGAGAACCUUGCUGUCUUGCGGGCUGCUCCAUGGAAGCCUACUCAGCAGCUCCAGUAGUAACUAACCACGUAUGGCUUGUGUUAAGAGCUCCUGCCAGGAAAUCUAUCAACAUGUGUGUGAUGUCUGUAAGGCAAAUGCCAUCUGUGUAUAGUCCCAAAUAAUCACUGAACGCUUAUUUUCCUGAACAGCCUUGUUUUGAAAGUUAGGUCUCCUCUUCAGCUGCCCAUCUAUACCGGAGGCCUAGCUGGCAGCCCACGUUGCUUUCAGCAGAAGCCGGGGGCUUUCUUACCCCUUUAGUUUGGAGUCUGUGGCUGGGAGCAGAGGA